AAGUACAAUCAUGACCUUUUCUCUAAUCAUAAUCAUGCAGUUGUAUUCCUUUUUAUCAGUCUCUCUCUGUCUCCAUUACUUGUCCAAAUCAAACAUCAACUUACUAAUCUCUGUUGCAUUAACUGAUUAAUAAUCAACUGAAGGGUCUUAUUCGUGGCAGUUCCACAAUCUCGUCUUUUUCUGUUCUUUCCUUUGAUGUUGCUUUUAGCUUGCUAUCAUUUCCCACUCUUAUUUUCUGACUCUUUAACCUUUUAAAGAUUGCUUUCAAGUAACAAAUCCCACCAGAGGGAGAUUUCGCAAUAAAACAAACAUCGGACCAAGUUCUACAACUUUUUAACCAAGUUAGUUCUAUGACAACGGCGCUUGUUCUUCUCGUUCUGGUUUCGGCCUAAAGCCCUUUGCUUCUCUCUUAGCGAUCGAAUUCCUUUUCUUUGGGCCCAUUUCAGAUGGGUGAAAACGAAGGAGAAACGGCCAAGAAGCAAACCCAACAAUCACAGCAGCAGCAGCUUUCAUCUUCUCCAAAAGACCCUCUUGAGGAAACACCAGAAACGAGACCACAGCAUCACCAACAGCCACCGUCGUCUCUUGUCGUCACUGCAGCUCCUUUUAUCUCUACUCUUUAUGUUCCAAUCGGCGCAACUUCCUCUGCUUUUGACCAACAAUUUGAGACUGUGACCCCCAAGAGACCCAGAUAUGCUACUGCACAAUGGAAAAUAUUACCAUCUCCACCCCAACAACAACAACAAACACAGACCGCGAUGGCUACUAUUGCCACCCACGAAUCAAGCCCAUCACCAUCAGCAAAUCCCACUUCCACCACCAACCCUCACACCCAACAACUUCACACUACAGCUGCCUCCUCCUCGGACACGGCGUCGUCUCCCCCACACUCUCCCCUCGCUUCUCUCUCCGCAGCUUCUGGUCACGAGACAACCAAAACGGAAGGACAACAACCCCACCACCAGUUCAGAAAAGGCAAGUAUGUGAGCCCAAUUUGGAAACCAAAUGAGAUGUUAUGGUUAGCCAGAGCUUGGCGAGUCCAAUACCAAGGUGGUUAUGAUGCCUCUGGUUCAUCUUCAAGAACUGAGCACCCAGAUAUUGGUCAAACCACCGGCGGUGAAGUCACAGUCCAGUCAACGAGGGGGAAAACGAGAGCUGAUAAAGAUAGAGAGGUGGCAGAUUUCUUACAAAGGCAUGGGGUAAAUAGAGAUGCAAAAACAGCGGGUACAAAAUGGGAUAACAUGUUGGGCGAGUUUAGAAAGGUAUAUGAGUGGGAGAGAGGCGGUGAGAGAGAUCAAGUAGGAAAGAGUUAUUUUAGACUUUCUCCUCAUGAAAGGAAGCAAUAUAGAUUGCCUGCUUCUUUUGACGAGGAAGUGUUUGAAGAGUUGUCCCAAUAUAUGGGUUCUCGCAUGAGAACUUCGAGCAGAGCUGCCAUCGGUACCGCUGAUGAUGGUAGGUCUGCUCUUGCUGGUGCAAGAAGCCUUCCUCUCCCCCCUCUUUUCAAAGAAGAUGACUACUCCGUCUCAGCAAGGACAAAACAAGUCAUGCCCAGUGGAAGUGAAGCUUACUUUCAGAGUAGUAGAGGGAGUCUACUAGGGUUUGAAUCUUCGAUGGACGUGGCUGCUGGUGCUGCUUCAUCAUCAAAGGAGCUUCGUAGAAUUGGUAAAAUAAGAAUGACAUGGGAAGAAUCAGUAAAUUUAUGGGCUGAAGAAGGGGAACAUAGAGGGAGAGUGAGGAUUCAAGGAUCAAGCUUUUUGAAUGCAGAUGAGCUUACAUUCUUUGACGAUUCGAUGGUAGCUUGCACCAUGGAAAUCUUCGAAGAUGGACCUCUAAAAGGUUUCUCAGUUGAUGGAUUCGUUCCUGGCCAACAAGUGAAAGUGUUUGGCAGAAGAAAGUCUUCUGCUUCAGCUUCUGGUUUCGUUGAAAGAGUUCCGCCUCCGUCCAUUGAACCUCCAGUAAGAUCGAUUCCAGCGUGGGAUUUUCAAGACCCAACUGAAUAUUACGUGGGCUGUCUUCGAGUUCCACCAACAGCACUUCCAAACUUGUUUGAACUCUCAUGGUAUUUACAGGAGCCACCACCCGAAGAACUACGCUUCCCACUAAGGAAAGAUGUUUAUAGAGAUUUGCCACAAGGCAAAGAACAGUUCUUCACUACUGCUUCUGAAUUGUUAGAUUGUAGAGGCAUCGCGUUUGAUAUCUUGAGCUCAGUUAUCCGAACUAACCCUAGCAUCAGUGGUGCCACUGCUGCGAGUAGAGACUCUUAUAUUGGCAUUUGGGAUGAUUGCAUUAAUAGGGUUGUGUCGAAAUUUUGUUCUGUUGAAGUGGUUAUAGUUAGAAAAGCAUCUUCUUCUUCUCCAUCGUUGGUGGAUACGUUGCAGGACCAGUGGCCAAACGUUACAGGAUUUGUUAGAAACUUUUGUUUGUGGAGAGGAGAGGAAGCUGACCAGUUGAGAGAAGGGCAGGCUGAUCCCUCUUCUACCAUAGUAGAGAAGCUUUUAUGGACAUAUAUGGACAUCCCGUAUAUUCUGGGCUACUAUGCAGUUGGCUACUCGGUAACAUUUUGUGCAUUGUAUCGAUCACAAGAUCGAAUAAUCCGAACCGAUCUCUGUGCUGUAGACCUAUCUUCGCCGGUGGAGAGAUUAAAAGCCCUUGUGCCAUGUUACAGAAUAGCUGGGUUAUUGCCAUUGUUAGCUGAACGCUGCUUCAACAACAUCAAUAAUGGAGGAACUUUUAAGCAGUUAACCUUCAGUGAUUUUGAAAGAGUGGACGCGGGUGAUGGAAACAUUAUUGAAAUGACACCCAACACAGUUACAAGAUUCUUCCCCAGCAAGAGAAAAUGGGCAGCAGUCAAAGAAAUAUAUGAUUAUCUUGACCAGAGAAUCCCACACGCAGAAUUUAUAUUCCGAUCACUGGAAAAAGAUUUGGCAUUGGUGUUUAAACCUCGAGGUGUGAAAUUUAAGCCGAUAAACUGUGAGCAACUGGUAGAGGCUCUAAAAUACGUGACCAAAGCCUUGGUAGCUCUGCAUGAUUUAUCUUUCAUGCACAGGGACCUGAGUUGGGACAAGGUAAUGAGGAGGACGGACAGAGAAAAUGAGUGGUUUGUAUGCGGAUUCGAUGAGGCGGUGGGUGCCCCUCAGUUAUACCCACAUGGAAUAGUGGAAGCACGUGGGAGACACGCUCCGGAGAUGGGAAGGGGAUUGCAUGGGGUGAAAGUAGACGUGUGGGGCGUAGGUAACUUGGUGAAGACGUGUGGAUUGGGUCCGAAUACUGUGCCAAAGAUGCUUAGAGAGUUGCAAAAUAGGUGCCUAGACCAGAACCCAGAGCAGAGACCCACUGCCGCCGAUUGCUAUCACCACCUGUUGCAAGUGCAGUCAUCACUGCAAUCAUCCUCCUCAGGGGGGCCCUAUUGAAUUGACAGAUGUAAAGCAUAUGCGGUUGUUUGGGCUUGUUUUGUGACUUUUAAUAGUGGGCUGUAUAGGAUGUUAAUUUACAGGGUGGUGGAGAAGAUUGUUAUGGGGGCAGAUUUUGAUACCUUAAAAAUUCAAUUGAGAAGGUUAAAUUUGUUUUCUAGAGAAAAAUGGCGGCUGCUACUGCUGCAGGGCGGCUCAUGGGUUGCAACAGUUGGUUCCUUUCUGUCUAAUCAAGUCUCAGAUUUUCCUAUUUCAUUUCAUUUAAUUGUUGCAGUAUCUUUCUGUGUUUUGAUGUUUUUUUUUUCUUUCCUUGAUCUGUGGUCUGUGUAAUCUGGACGAGUUUUCCUUUGUGAUGAAUUUUGAUCUCAAUUUGUU